AUGCGAGAAUUCAAACUUCUAAUUUUGCAUAUCGUAGACCAUAACCUGGCCAAAGACACCACCCUCAAGGGACCAGGGAACAUCGACCGGUACCUUAACGUAAAUUACCCAGUGUCUAACGACCAAAUAGAAGCUCUAGUGACCACAGCUGGCCAGUGUAGGCAGUAUGUCUCUGUCCGGUGCUAUGAGAUGUCAACGUUCAGUGGCCAGUACUGGUGGAAGUCGAGACAGGGAUACGACAUGGCUAACUGGGGCGGCGCGCCUACAAACAGCUCCAAGUGCGCCUGCGCAUUGUCGAAAAAUUGUGCUGGAGGAAGGCAGUGCAACUGCAAUUCAAACGACGGAGUCUGGCGAAGUGAUUCCGGUUAUCUUGAAGACAGCGCGUACCUCCCGGUGUCAAGCCUUCACAUAUACGACCUGGACGAUAGUUCCGAGCAGUCAGUCGUUACUCUUGGGAAACUGCAGUGUUCCGGAGCAAAGGACGCAUGUACGUUUAACAAUGGUAACUGCGCUCAUAGCUGCACGGCAAUUGGAGAACAAGCUGUAUGUUCAUGCAGAGAUGGAUAUGUGCUCGCAGGCGACAAGUUCGGUUGUUUGGACGUAGAUGAGUGCAGUAGUUUCAAUGGAGGAUGUGAUCACGUGUGUUCUAACACAAUGGGUGGUUUCCAGUGUUCCUGCAGGACAGGGUUCACCCUGGACAUCAACGGGUUUACAUGUACAGAUAAUGAUGAAUGCACCCUGAACAAGGGAAACUGCUCCCACACCUGUUCCAACACUGAGGGAUCUUACCGCUGUUCGUGUCCAACGGGUUAUACUCUGGGGAGUGACUUGCAUACCUGUCAAGAUGUGAACGAGUGUCAUAUUGGAAAUGGCGGCUGCGACCAUUACUGCACCAAUUCCCAGGGCUCCUAUUCUUGCUCCUGUCGCCCCGGAUACAAACUGGACUCUGAUGGUCAUACUUGCCUUGAGUAUAUGUCCAAAUACACAACUAAAACUUGCGAAUGUCGUCUGCGCGCUGAACCACCCCACACGGGCCUUGGCACACAUCUCUACGAUUUAACCACACUGAUUUACGGAGAAACACAGCUCUGGGCCUCAGACGACGGCGGUCAGUCUGUCUAUUCUGUUCUGAAUAGAUUCCCCAAUUUCUAUGCAACCCAUAAGAGGCAGACGACAGGAUAUCCGGCGGCUGCGAGUGACGUUGAUUGCGUGAAAGUGUUCCAGAACUGUCCACGCGAUUGUGUGCGCAUGACCCGCCUAAUUCUUGGUAAAGAGAAACUGGGAAUGAAAGUGGCAGGUGAGGUGUUUGGGAGAUUAACAAAUACAACGUUGGGCCAGAACAUGUGUGACAAGCUUCGCCGGGAAAUCGAUUCGCCAGGACGAACAAUAGCUAUCACUUACGAUCCCCAUGCCUGUGGCAACGAGGUUGUGACGUAUCCGUUGUCCCAGAGACUGUGCUGCACCCUGGUGCCAUCUCCCGUGGGUCAUCUCCUGGCAUGGAACUCCAUGUGUGAGGACGGGGACACAUUUUCCAUAGGAAAUAUUAUUGGCUAG